UCGAACUUGCGACCAUGACGUCUUUCGCAUACAGGGUAUCGGUCUUAACCAUUGAGCCACUCCACUCAUCAUCUUCUCAUCCUCCCCUCUUCUAAUCGUCUCCUCAGUCUCUUCUCAUAAUCACCUGGAACUCUCUACCUUCACUACUCUUUCAACUCCUGGUCUGAAAAGUGGCCUUUAGUUUGUGUUGGGAAUCAGUUCAAAGGCAGUCCUUUGCCUUUGAACUGUAACAGUAAAUGACUGUGGCCAUGAGACAAAGGACUAAGACAGGGUGAGGGCGACGUUAAGGUAAAGGGAAGCUUAAGGCUAAGGAGAACAAGUGAAGGAAACUGCAUUAAAUCACCACCACCCAAAGAGAAAGCACAGAAGAAGACGAGGAACACCAACUACAGUCUUGUUCAAUCAUUUAACCCAUGAUGGAGGCACUUGAAGAUUUUGAGAGAGCGCUGAAGAAUGUUGAUAAAAUAAGUGAGCUGGUGAAGGAUCUAAACUCCUCUGAUGCUGACACCAGGCAAAAAGCAAUUAAGGAGGCCGACUGCUACAUCGCCUCCAUGGACGAACCCUGCAGGACAAAAAUGAACAAGACUAAAAUCAACACAAGCUCAACCGACCAGCCGUCGUUUAGUCCCCAGAGUGAAAGUCCAGAGAGCUUCAUUAAGAACAUGGAGAGAGAUGCUGAAGACAGGAGACAAAGGCGCAUCGCUCAACAAAAAAAAGCUCUCGUGCUCAAAGACGAGGGGAAUAAAGCUUACGCUGACGGAGAUUAUGAAUCUGCAGUGAAAUGUUACAGCGACGGCUUGGCUGAACUACGGGACAUGCAGCAGCUGUACACCAACCGAGCUCAGUCCUACAUCAAGCUGGGAAAGCACAAGGAGGCCAUCAGUGACUGCGAGUGGGCGCUGAAGUGCAACGACAGGUGCAUUAAAGCCUACUUCCACAUGGGCAAAGCCUACCUGGAAUUGAAGGACUACAGUGAGUCAAGGCGCUGCUUUGAGAAGAUAGCGGAAAUUGAACCUGGACGGAAGAAAAUGGUAGAAGAACACGUGACACAGGUGAAUAUGGAGGAGGAAAGAGAGACUCAGGAGGUGAAUGCAAAGCAGGAGUUUGAUAAGGGCGAGAGGAAAGGUACAGCAGUACCCGAGGUCCUCAAGAAGCUUUCAAAGCCUGGUCAGAUGACGCUCUUUUACUGCGGAGGCUUGCAGAUUCUGUUAGAAGCAGUUCGUGACUCGACAGGUCAGACCCUUUUCAGAUUGAACAAUGGCUUUAGCAUCAUCUGCAGAAACGACACGGUGAAGAGAUGCCUGCUGGAGAAAACAAAAGACAAGCACAGCCAAAGGUUAUGUGUGUCUGUUCUGAAAUUAUGGAGGGUUAUUUGUGACGGGAAUGCCGAAAACCAGAAGAUGUUACUGAAAUGCCCAGUGACGAGACAAGCCACUGUGUAUUUGAUAGCAUCAGAGAGUGUUGCAGUGCAGAGAGAAUGUCUGUCAUUACUACAUUUGUUUGCUCAGAUGCCACACGGGAGACAACUGGCCAUUGAAAGCCUGGAUGUGCACGUGUUAGUGAGGAACCUCAUGGCGUGCAUCUCAAAGCAGCAGCAAGAAAACAUGGCAGUCAACGUUCUGGAGAACUUUGCAGCAGAAAAAAAACUUUUUACUCAGUUAAGGAACGUGUUGACCGACUCCGUCAUUGAGCCAUUGACGACAAUCCUAAGAAAUAUCAGCGAGUCCAAUCGUCAUGUUCUUCCGUCUCUGAUUUCAGCCAUUGGAUGUUUGGCUCAAGACGACGUUAUUCGUCAUCAACUUGCUCACGACUCAGAGUGUUGGAAGGCCUUCCUGUUUUCCAUCAGGCACUGCAGUGCACAUGAAUUCAAGGAGAUCCUUUACCCCGUGCUUGGAUUAAUCAUCAGCCUUUCAACGGUGACGUCUCCGGCCGUCCAGGAACACUCUCUUUCACUCUGCGACUUCUGUCAGGAACUGCUCAGGGACACUGACGGAGGAGUCAUAACUCGAGCCAUUGGCGUGCUGAGCACCGUGCUCCCUCAGUCCUCUGAGGCUGUUGAGCGUGUUAUUCAGAGGGGCGUGGUUCGGACCAUGUACCGGUUGCUGAAGAGACCAGGGCAGACUGCCUCUAAAUACGCCAUGAAGACUCUGACAGUGUGCACCGCUGCUAGUCAUUUGGCUCGGCAGGAGCUGGUGAAGUGUGAUAAAAAGCUAUCUAUUUUACGUCAUUUGCUGGCUUCCAGCUGUGACGACAUGGUCUCAGGAAAUGCCACCCUCUGCUUGACUCACUGCCUUCAGUUGGAGCGAGUCGCCAGCAGUCUGCUGGACACUGAUAUUGUGCUGCUGCUGCUACGCCGCGCUGCAGGGGACGCAAAGAGGACGGCUGUGCAGCAAAAUGCGGCGAUUGCUCUGGGGAAGCUGUGUCAGGCCGAGCCCAGGCAUUUGAACAGACUUCGAGAACUUCACGGCUUUGAGGUUCUGCACUCCUGUAUGAAGUUCAUCACAUGAAUUUGAGACUGAAAAUACAACUAGGGUUAUUACUUAGGCACAUCCUCAUCCUGGUAAGGAUGGAUUGCUUAACAGGACCAGGGCCUGCUUGGGCCCCUGAAGCCCAAGCCUCUGUACUACUACCCCAAAUUAAUAUGUAUGUAUUAGGCUGUUACCCACCCCUGAUGUCUUCAUGGGGCCUUCAUAACUAAUGUUAUUAUGUGAUAUGUCUAACAGGGCCUCUCAAUCAUUCAAUUAUUAUAUAUAAGUGUUGCCUCUUUUGGUAUAACUAAUAAUUAAUUCACAAAUCCAUUCUUGAGAACUCUGCACCAAAGUCCAUUGAGAAAAUCUGUGUUUUUAGCUGCUGGUCUACUGCUUUCUGAUUUGUCAAUUUUAUGCUACUUGAACUUUUCCUAAUGUAAAUUAUUGCACCGAUGUGAUUGUGCAUUGAAGUGUCAAAUAUUUACAUGUAAAUUUGCUGCCACCUGCUGUUCAAACUUUGUACCUACAGAUGUUCAACUGCAAUAAAUGUGGAGUCACAUGUGGAGCCUUUAAACAAAUUAAAUAUUUAAAAUAAGUUUACAUAUGACACAAAAACAUUAUAGAAUAUAAUUCAUAUGGAAAUUACAGCAUAAAACACAUG